AUGUCUGCCACAGCCCCAUUCGCCUUCACUAUGAGGGGGAUCGUACUUGCACUAGUGCUCACCCUUGUAGGUAGCCAGAAGUUUGACAUCGACCCUGGAUUCAGUAGCAGAAAGACCUACUUGUACAGUUAUGAAGGCUGGGUGUUGAAUGGGCUUCAAGAAAAGAAUUUGGCCAAAGCCGGCGUGCGCCUGAGCUGCAAACUAGAGAUCAGCGGGCUGUCAGAGAACAGCUACCUCCUCAAGAUCCGCUCCCCACAACUCGAGGAGUACAAUGGCAUCUGGCCCAGGGACCCAUUCACUCGAUCUGCCAAAAUCACCCAGAUGGUUUCCUCAUGCCUUACCCGGCCCUUCAAGUUUGAAUACAGCAGUGGACGGGUUGGAAACAUUUAUGGCCCAGAAAACUGCCCUGAUACUUGCAUUAACAUAGUGAGAGGAAUACUGAACAUGAUCCAGAUAACCAUUAAGAAGUCACAGAAUGUGUAUGAAUUGCAAGAGGCUGGGAUUGGAGGUGUUUGCCAUACAAGGUAUGUCAUCCAGGAAGACAAGAAGAACAGCCGAGUCUCUGUGACCAAAACUGUAGACCAAAAUAAUUGCCAGGAAAAAGUGGUGAAGAGUCUUGGAAUGGCUUACAUCUAUCCCUGCCCUGUUGACAUGAUGAAAGAAAGGAUCAUCAAGGGGACUGCAGCUUUCUCCUACAAGCUGAAGCAGUCAGACAGUGGUGCCCUGAUCACAGAGGCUGUGUCUCAGCAGGUGUAUCAGAUCUCACCCUUCAGUGAACCCACUGGGGUCGCUGUCACGGAAGCAAAACAACAACUCACCUUGCUGGAGGUGAAGAGUGAAUGGGGGAGCUCCCCAGAGAUCUCCAUGCAGAGCUAUGGAAGCCUCCAAUACCAGUUCCCAGCAGUACUGCCACAGAUGUCAGUGCAGCUCAUCAAGACCAAAAACCCUGAGCAACGGAUAAUUGAAACACUGCAACACAUAGUCCUGAAUAACCAGCAAGAUUUCCAUGAUGAUCUCCCAUACCGUUUCCUGGAGCUCGUCCAGCUCUGCAAGCUGACAAGCGCUGACACCCUUGAAUCCAUCUGGAGACAAUGUUCAGACAAACCCCGCUACAGGCGAUGGCUGCUGAGUGCAGUCUCUGCGGCGGGCACCCCAGAAUCUCUCAAAUUCAUUAAGAGCCGAAUCCGCAGUGAUGACCUCAGCUACCUUCAGGCUCUUCUGAGUGUUCCCUUUGCUCUCCAUUUCACAAAAGCUGAUGAGCACACUGUUCCAAUAGCAGCAGACUUAGUGACAAGUUCUCGAAUCCAGAAAAAUCCCUGGCUUCAACAACUUGCCAGCUUGGGAUACAGUUCUGUGGUGAAUAGAUACUGUUCUCAGACCUCAGCUUGUCCUAAAGAAGCUCUCCAGCCCAUCCAUGACCUGGCAGACGAAGCAAUCAGCAGGGGCCGCGAGGACAAAAUGAAAUUGGCUCUGAAGUGCAUUGGCAACAUGGGAGAACCAGCCAGCAUCAAGCGCAUCCUCAAGUUCCUCCCCAUCUUUUCAUCCAGUGCUUCUGAUAUCCCCAUCCACAUUCAGAUUGAUGCCAUAAUGGCCUUGAGAAAAAUUGCUUGGAAGGACUGCAAAACAGUGCAGGGAUAUCUCAUCCAGAUCCUCGCUGAUGAGUCGCUUUCCCCCGAAGUGCGGAUGAUGGCUUGUGCUGUUAUCUUUGAGACAAGGCCUGCCCUUCCCUUGAUAACAACCAUUGCCAACGUGGCCAUGAAGGAGAGCAAUUUGCAAGUGGCCAGUUUUGUGUAUUCCCACAUGAAAGCUUUGUCCAAGAGCAGGUUGCCAUACACGUACAACAUAUCUUCAGCUUGCAAUAUUGCCCUUAAGCUGCUGGCCCCCAAAUUGGACAGGCUGAGCUAUCGCUACAGCAAGGUCAUACGUGUCGGUGGUUACUUUGAUAACUAUAAAAUUGGUGCUGCUGGAGAUGUCCUUGUUAUGAACAGCCCAGGAACAAUGUUCCCGUCAGCAAUAAUUUCCAAACUGAUGGCAUAUUCUGCAGGGUCGGUGGCUGAUUUAGUGGAGGCUGGUGUCCGUGUGGAAGGCCUCACAGAUGUCAUCAUGAAACGAAAUAUCCCAUUUGCUGAAUAUUCCACAUACAAAAAGAUAAAGGAGAUUGGAAAAGCUCUGCUGGGAUGGAAGGAGCUGCCAACAGAAACCCCCUUGAUAUCAGCCUACUUUAAACUCUUUGGCCAAGAGCUGGCCUACAUCAACAUCAACAAGGAAGUGCUACAGCAGGCGGUGAAGGCAGUGCUGGAGCCUGCAGCCAGGAGCACGCUGCUGAGGAGGGUGGCAGCCCAGCUGCGCGCGGGCACCGCGGCGCAAUGGACGCAGCCGCUGUGGCUGGGAGAGCUGCGCUACAUCGUCCCCACCGCCACCGGGCUGCCCCUGGAGUACAGCUCCUACAGCACGGCCCUGGCCAGGGCUGCUGCCAGCGUUGAUGGAAAGAUAUCUCCCCCUUUAACUGGAGAUUUUAGACCUUCACAGUUGCUCGAAUCCACGGUGCAGAUUCGUUCUGACAUAAACCCCAGCUUAUACAUACAGAAAUUUGCAACAAUGGGUGUCAACACAGAAUACUUCCAACAAGCUGUGGAAAUUCAAGGCAAGGUCCUGACAAAAGUGCCAAUUAAGUUUGAUGCCAAGAUAGACAUGAAGCUGAAAAAUAUUAAGAUUGAAACAAAUCCAUGCCAUGAGGAAACUGAGCUAGUGGUUGGAAGACAUAAGGCUUUUGCUGUAUCAAGAAAUUUAGGGGAGCUAGGUGUUGAAAAGAGAACUGCAAUUCUCCCAGGAGAUGCUUCAUCAAAUAUUGUGGAAGAACCUUUCAAACCAUCAGACAGAGCUUCCAGUGAAGAUUUCACAAAGCCGGAAGCUGACAGCGCCUCAAGGAAACGUGCCUAUGGCUCUCUAGAGGAUCUUGGCCCCGUCACGGGAAGGAAAGCUCAUAAACGAGAUGUUUGUGUCAAGCUGCAUCACCUUGGCUGUCAGCUCUGCUUUGCCAGAAGGUCACGAGAUGCCAGCUUCCUGAAAAACACCUAUUUGCACAGACUCAUCGGAGAGCACGAAGCUAAAAUAGUCUUGAUCCCAGUUGAAACAGAUGCUGAUAUUGACAAAAUUCAGCUGGAGAUUCAGGCAGGAUCCAGAGCAGCUUCCAAAAUAAUUAAUGAAGUAAACGCCGAGUCGGAGGAAGAGGGUGAAUCAUCUCUGUAUGGGGACAUCCAAGCUAAACUGAAGAAGAUUCUAGGCAUUGACAAUGUGUUCAAGAUUGCAAAUAAAACACGACACCAGAAGAAGCGACCUUCAAAGAAAGAAAACACUGUGCUUACAGAGCUUGGGGCAGACCCUGACACAAAACAUCCCUCCAGCUCAUCUUCUGCCUCCUCAGCUGUCUCCUCUUCCUCAUCAUCUGCUGUUUCUCCUCGUCGUAAAGAGGCUGGUGAUGAAGAUGAGAAUAAUCAAGAAGAGCAAGCAAGAAACAAAGAUGCAAGCAGCAAGAGCAGCAGUGGCAGAAGUAACAGCAAGAGUAGCAGCAGCAGCAGUGAGAGAAGUAGCAAGAGCAGUAGCAGUGGCAAAAGCAGCAAGAGCAGCAGCAGCAGCAGUGGCAAAAGCAGCAAGAGCAGCAGUAGCAGCAGUGGCAAAAGCAGCAAGAGUAGCAGUAGCAGCAGUGGUAAAAGCAGCAAGAGUAGCAGUAGCAGCAGUGGCAAAAGCAGCAAGAGCAGCAGCAGCAGCAGUGGCAAAAGCAGCAAGAGCAGCAGCAGCAGCAGUGGCAAAAGCAGCAAGAGUAGCAGUAGCAGCAGUGGUAAAAGCAGCAAGAGUAGCAGUAGCAGCAGCAAGAGUAGCAGCAGCAGUAGCAGCAGCAGUGACAGAAGUAGCAAGAGUAGUAGCAGCAGCAGCAGGAGCAGCAAGAGCAGCAGUAGUAGCAGCAGCAGCAGUAGCAAGAGCAGUAGCAGCAGUAGUAGCAGCAAGAGCAGUAGCAGCAGCAUCAGUGACAGAAGUAGCAAGAGCAGCAGCAGCAGUAGAAGCAGCAGCAGCAGUAGUAGCAGCAGCAGCAGCAAAAGCAGCAGCAGCAGUAGUAGUAGCAGCAGCAGCAGGAAGUCAUCAAGUCAUCACAGCCAUGGGCAUCACUUGAGGCAUGUGAAUGGCAGCAGCAGCAGCAGUGAGUCACUGAGCCACCACAGCCAUGAACAUCAUUCAGGACAUCUGGAUAGCAGCAGCAGCAGCAGCAGUGCAUAUUCCAAAAUAUGGGAAGCUCAUGAGAUUUAUCAGUACCGCUUUAAAUCAGCACACAAACAAGAAGAGUUCCCAAAAGGAAAACUCCCAGAAGACCAAACUGACAGCUCACAUUCCUCUGCCAGAUCCAGUCAUGCCACAUCUCGAGCUUCAUGGCCCAAGUUUUUGGGAGAUGUUCAAACCCCAGUGUUAGCAGCUUUCCUGCAUGGCAUCCGUGAUGAUAAGAAGAUAGGAGGCCUCCAGCUCGUGGUGUAUGCUGAUAUUGACUCCAUCAAGCCUCGGGUGCAGGUAUUUGUGUCCAACCUCACAGAUUCAAGCAAGUGGAAGCUCUGUGCUGAUGCUUCAGUCCACAAUGCUCACAAGGCAAAGGCCUACCUGAAAUGGGGACGGAAUUGCCAGGACUACAAGGUUUCAUCUGAGCUGGUAACUGGGCAGUUUGCUGCCCACCCUGCUGUACAAGUGAAACUGGAGUGGCCUAAAGUUCCUUCCAGUAUCAGAUCCGUAGCAGAAUGGUUUUACAAGUUUGUCCCUGGGGCUGCAUUUAUGCUGGGGUUCUCUGAAAAAGCGGACAAGAAUCCUUCUCGACAAGCCAGGCUGAUCGUGGCUCUAACUUCUCCAAGGACUUGUGAUGUUGUUAUCAAGCUUCCUGAUGUUACCCUCUAUGAAAAAGCCAUGAGGCUUCCCCUGUCCCUCCCUGUAGGGCCAAGGACAUCAACGUCAGAGCUGCAGCCUCCCAGCUGGAAUGUCUUUGCUAAAGCCCCUUCUGCAGUGCUCGAGAAUUUGAAAGCUCAAUGCUCAGUUUCCUACAACAAGGUCUCAACUUUUAAUGAAGUUCGGUUUAACUACACAAUGCCAGCAGACUGCUACCACAUCUUGGCUCAGGAUUGCAGCUCUGACCUGAAGUUCCUGGUGAUGAUGAAGAAUGCAGAAGAAGCUGUCAGCCUGAAAGUAAUCAACAUCAAGCUUGGCAAUCAUGAGGUCGAUAUGCGCCCUGCCGACGGACGCGUGAAGCUGCUGGUGGACGGGGCUGAGAGCCCAGCAAACGUGUCCUUGACAUCUGCUGGUGCUUCUCUGUGGAUCCAUAGUGAAAAUCAAGGGCUUGUACUCCUUGCCCCAGCCUAUGGCAUUGAUAAACUGUACUUUGAUGGAUACACAUUCAGGAUCCAAGUUGCUUUAUGGAUGGCAGGGAAAAUGUGUGGACUGUGUGGAAAAUACGAUGCAGAAUGUGAACAGGAAUAUCGGAUGCCCAACGGAUACAUAGCUAAAGAUGCAGUGAGCUUUGGGCAUUCUUGGAUUUUGGAAGAAAGGCCUUGUAGAGGAGCCUGCAAGCUGCGGCACGCCUUUGUGAAGCUGGAGAGGGCGGUGCAGCUGGCCGGGGUCGAGUCCCGCUGCUACUCCACGGAGCCCGUGCUGCGCUGCAACAAGGGCUGCUCCCCCAGCAGGACGGCCCCGGUCACCGUGGGCUUCCACUGUGUCCCUGCGGAUUCAGCCACCAGCCUGACAGACAAGCAGAUGAAGUUUGACCAGAAGUCAGAGGAUAUGAAGGACACUGUUGAUGCACACAUAGCAUGUACUUGUGAGGAUGAAAACUGCACAUGAAGCUGUACUGUGCAGCAUAGGAGAAAACAGAAAUACUUUCAUGUUUUUAUUGUGUAGUGUAAAAAAACUUGUCUUAAGGAAUAAUAGAUACUAAAUUAAGUACUUAAGGAUCUUGUAUGGGGAAUCUUCCCAAGUAAUUUAAAGUAUUAAACUUUAUUAUUGUAGAAACUGUUAUGAUUGCCCAUAAAUAUCUGAUUUCAUAAUAAAUCCAUGCAUGG